AAAAUCAACCGCUUUUCUCUUCCGCUGUGGUUCCUUUCUUGCAUCUACCGUGACUGUAAACUUGGUUUGAAAAAUCUCUCAAGAUUCCAAACCCUCUCAAAGCAAACUCCACCAUUUCUCUCAGCUUCUCACGCCUUCCCGAUCGAACCCUAGGAUUUUGGUGAUUGUAGAACCCAACUCUCACACGCCAGAGAUAAUAGAAAGCCACAUGGUCCGUGGUUCUCUAGUUUCAGAUCAUAUUCCUUUUCUUUUUGGCGUGUGAUUUUAGGUGGAGAUGUCUGCGGGGCUUUGCGGCAAGCGGGUGGGGUUCGAGGAAAUGUUCGGAUCUUCGUCUCCGACGUCGUGCUCUGCGGCUAAGCGAGUCAGGAGGUCUGGUUCCGGAUCGGAUUUCGGAUCCGGAUCCGAGGACUCCGUCGCAGGUUUGCUCCAAAUGUUCCCUGACUUGGAUCCCGAGUUGGUGAAAACGGUUUGUACAAAUCACAAUAAUAAGAUUGACGAUGCUAUUGAGAGUCUACGAGCACUUGCCUUUACUGAUGCUAGUACAAGGAAUAAAUCACAAAGCUUUGAUUCAACAUUUAUUGAUAAUUGUGCUGAUGUUCCUGGUCAAAGCACAGCCCCGUGCAGUCAAAUGUCGGAUCAGAAAGUUGAAGACGUGGAGGACAUGAGAUCAACUGCUGAUUAUGGAAAUACGUCGGAGAGUUCCAAAUGGGUGGAUUUGUUUGUGCAUGAAAUGAUGAAUGCAAGAGACAUUGAUGAUGCUGGGGGACGUGCUGCCAGGAUCCUAGAGGCUUUUGAACAAAGUAUAACUGCGCCCUCAAUGGCAUCAAAGGAGCAGCUGGAACAUGCUUCUCUAAAGGAGCAUCUGCAGAGCUUGUUAAAUGACAAUCAGAUUUUAAAGAGAGCGGUUGCCAUCCAGCACGAACGCAAUUUGGAGCAUGAAGAGAGGACAAAAGGAGUGGAACAGCUAAAGCAUGUGUUAAGCCAGUAUCAAGAAAAAGUUCGAAGUUUAGAGCUGACCAACUACAGUUUGAAGCUCGAUCUGCAGCGGGCACAAGGACACUUUCACCCCCACAGAUAUUAAGUUGAAGAGGAGAGAGAGGAGGGGGGGACUCUUGUCUCUACAGUUAUCAGUUAGGGGUGCACAUGGGUCAGUUUUGGAGUGUAUAACCGUCGCAGGCCAUUCUUGGACAAUUUUGGAAGUUGGCCCAAGCCGAUCGCCGUUUUUUGGAAAUGGCUAUUUCUUGACUUCUGAUUUCAAGUAGGGAGAGACAGAGAGAGCCCGACAAAAGAAAAGGUUGAGAGAGAGGGAGAGAGAGAGAGACAGAGUCAGAGAUGGACCUGAAGGUGUAUAAAGAUUUUGCUAGAGAUUUGAUUUUUUAGGCGGAUGAUUUGAUUUCUGAUGGGAAAGGAAUACGUUUUUGGAAUUUUAAAGCUUGAGAUUCAAUUAAAUAGCUCCUGUAAUAUUUUUGUUGAAAAGGUGAGUUUUCUGAGUAUAUGAGAA